UUUUCUCUUCCCGCCUUGGCAUCUCUCUGCUAUAAAACAAACCGUCGCAGAGCCUUAAAUUUCAUCAAUUCCUUUUCACUUUCUCUUCCAAUUUCUAGUCAAACAAACAAACGGAGUCCGUUGCUUUUCUGUGUAAUGGCUCGUACAAAGCAAACAGCAAGAAAAUCAACAGGAGGAAAGGCUCCGAGGAAGCAACUGGCUACAAAGGCAGCAAGGAAGUCUGCGCCGGCAACUGGAGGAGUGAAGAAGCCACACAGAUUCAGACCAGGAACUGUUGCAUUGAGAGAAAUUAGAAAGUAUCAAAAGAGCACAGAGCUUUUAAUUAGGAAGCUUCCAUUUCAGAGACUGGUUAGAGAAAUUGCUCAAGAUUUCAAGACUGAUUUGAGGUUCCAAAGCAGUGCUGUUGCUGCUUUACAAGAGGCUGCGGAAGCCUAUUUGGUUGGGCUGUUUGAGGAUACUAAUCUCUGUGCUAUUCAUGCUAAGAGGGUCACUAUUAUGCCUAAGGAUAUUCAGUUGGCUCGUAGGAUUAGAGGGGAGAGAGCUUAGAAAAUAUGUGGAAUUUCUGUUUUCUUUCCUAUUUGUCGGCUUUGUUUUAGAUGUGGAUUUAAACAUGUGGAAAUCUAGUUAUUUUGUUGAUUCAGAUAUUGCAGUUUAGCUGUUUGUUAGAAUGCGUAUAUGGGGAAAUGUUAUGUUACUUUUGGUAUUAUUAUUACUAUUAUUAUUAUUCA